CCCAGAUCACCCACUUCCACAGCCAACACCAGAUCCAAACCAUUCGAUACCUCCAGUACCACCCAGCACAGCGCCAAGCUCGCACUCCAACGCAUCCAAUCCAAUCCACUGCACUGCACUCAUGUUGCCACCGGCCGUCGGCGUGUGCCGGUUCAUCUACUCGACAGCGCUCAGGCCAUCGCUUCGUCCCAUCUCCUCCACACCCAAACGCUCUGGCCCCUCGCCACCCCAGCUGGAACGAAGGCCCUUCUUUGAAUAUCAACACUCCAUCAACUGGUUUCCCGGGCACCAGAACAAGGCACUCCGCCAGCUUGAAAAAGGACUCACCCAUAUCGAUCUCGUUCUGGAAGUCCGCGAUGCCCGCAUUCCAUUUUCAAGCACCAAUCCCCAGUUCGAUCAAGUUCUUGGCGCCCGCGACCGCAUUAUCGUCUUCAACAAAACCGAUCUCGCCAACCCAAGGACGAAGCAGAAUAUCAUCGCUGCAUUCAAGAAAUGGAGUCCCUCUAGCAAUCUGCUCUUCACCUGUGCGCACCAGGAUAGAGACAUAAAGGCGAUCAUCAGAAUCGCACUUGACAAAGUCAAGAUGUGGCCGGAGCGGUAUCCGUACCUCACCAUGGUCGUUGUCGGGCUUCCGAAUGUGGGAAAGUCGACGCUGAUCAAUGCCCUGCGGCGCAUUGGGGUCCAUAAAGGCAAAGCAACCCAGGUGGGGCCGUAUGCAGGAGUCACCCAGGCCAUUCAAACCAGGAUCAAGAUCCACGAGGACCCAAAUGUGUACCUGAUCGACACCCCAGGAAUCUUUUCCCCGAAAAUCGUGAAUCCGAUUCAGGGACUUCGAAUUGCUCUGACUGGCGCAACGAAAGAUCGCUUAACGGAGGAACAGCAUGUCGCAGACUACCUUCUCUUUCGACUGAACUGGGGCUCCAGCCAAGACAGGUACGUGUAUGCCCUUGGCCUACCGGGCCCAACCGAUGACAUCAACAUUGUUCUCAACCACAUUGCGCGCACGCGGAGACUAUUGAUCGAUACUCGGCCCCAGAACCUUUCCCUGAUGGUCAACGCAAGCAACGGCCCCAUCGAGAAAGUAGAUCGCCCAGCCCCAAGGAUCGGGUGGGAGCGGGACUACUUGGCCUGGACAGCCUCAGACUCAAUGCGCUAUGAUCACACGAGGGCCGCACAGUACAUGAUCCGCCUCUUUCGAGAGGGCCAGCUCGGCCGGCUGACACUUGAUGAAUGCGAUCUCGAAGCCAUCGACCAGUGGUUCAACAGCGAAGCCAGCAAUCGAGUCUACAAAGACAUUGUCCAUGAUCGCGAUCAAAAAUAUGCCCGUGAAAGUCGGGAAAAGGCGAGAGAAUAG